GGCUUUUCCAUCAGGAGAGAUGCUUUUUCUUCUCUGCCACGCGCAUUGCCCAGCUCCAGUGGAGGCUAGUGGGGAGCGGCAGGUACACGGCGUCGAUCUCAGGGUCGUCCAGCAAGGUUUCGUAGGAGCCAUAGAUCUUGAUUUCAGGUGGGAAUCCGUUGGCCCGCGAGAAUUCAACUGCCUUCUCGAAGGAACGGCUGGCGACAGCAGACAGCUUGGCAUUUCGCCAGAGCCAAUUGCAGCAGCAUCCCUUGGUCAGGUCUAUCAAGCCAGGCUUCGUCGCAGUGGUCAAGUUGUUGCUGUCAAAGUACAGAGGCCUGGAGUUAGGGCUGCAAUUUCCUUAGACAUAUUGAUCUUGCGCUUUCUAGCAGGGUUGAUUAAGAGAGCUGGUAAAUUUAAUACUGAUCUUCAGGCAGUUCUUGAUGAGUGGGCAUCAAGUCUUUUCCGGGAGAUGGAUUAUCAGAAAGAAGCAGAAAAUGGACUCAAGUUUAGACAGCUGUAUGGUGGCAUAGAAGAUGUUUUGGUUCCUGAAAUGUAUAUGGAUUACACAACUCGUACAGUACUUGUUAUGGAAUGGGUGGAGGGACAAAGGUUGUCUGAAGUGCAAGAUCUUUACUUGGUUGAGGUAGGAGUUUACUGUUCAUUCAAUCAACUUCUGGAGUGUGGGUUCUAUCAUGCUGAUCCACACCCUGGAAACCUUCUUCGUACAUAUGAUGGGAAACUGGCUUAUUUGGAUUUUGGUAUGAUGGGUGAAUUUAAACAAGAACUCCGAGAUGGAUUUAUUGAAGCUUGUCUCCAUCUUGUAAACCGUGAUUUUGAUGCACUGGCAAAGGACUUUGUUACCCUUGGGCUUCUUCCUCCUACUGCAGAGAAGGAGGCUGUUACAAAAGCUUUAACAGGUGUCUUCCAAAAUGCUGUUGCCAAAGGAGUUCAGAAUAUAAGUUUUGGAGACCUUCUAGGAAAUUUGGGAACUACCAUGUACAAGUUCAAAUUUCGAAUACCUUCAUAUUUUUCUCUAGUUAUUCGAAGUCUUGCAGUGCUAGAGGGAAUUGCUAUUAGUUUUGAUCCAAAUUACAAGGUUUUGGGCAGUACAUACCCAUGGAUUGCUAGAAAAGUUUUAACUGACAGCUCACCCCAGCUGAGGUCUUCUUUGCAAACCCUACUUUAUAAGGAAGGUAUUUUCAGAAUUGACCGACUGGAAUCUCUACUAACAGAGUCACUUCGUGCUGGAACUGAGAAUGCCAGGGUGAAGGAGCAAAUAGAAAAGACCAAUUCCAGAGUGGUUUUCAAGGAAAUCCUUUCAUUCACAUUGACUGAGAAGGGUGCCUUUGUUAGGGAAAUACUUCUUGAAGAAUUCACUAAGGGUUUGGAUGCACUUGGGUUAUCAACCCUAGAUUCAUUAAGUUCUGUGGCUCGUACAAGUAUACCCUUUGCUGAUUACUUUUCAUUCUCCUUAAUGACUGAAGAAGACACAGUCAACUUGAGAACAUUGCGUCGUAUCUUGUUCUUGUUGACAGGUUCCCAGAGUAACGAAAUCACUGCUAUGGAAGUUAAUGGAGUUAGUGGGAACAAGAUUGAAAAGUACUCAGAAGCAUCACUGAUUUUCUAUCAACCUGCAUCAGUUUCAGAAAUUCAGCUCAUCCUUUCUGUUAUUCCUGAGGUAAGAAUGAGGAAUUAGCAUACCCAUUACUUGUAACCUUCAAAUGGCAUUGACUUCAAGAAUCAAAAUGCAUACUAAAGGUCCUUAUGCGACUCUAUAAAGGUGAAAAAUGUGUCAGAUGGUUGCUUGAUAUGGCAGUAUGCUAUAGAACAAUGAACCUCUGAGAAGUUAUGUAGAAUGACAGGGUGUUGCAGAAAACUGGGUGUUGAAUAAUUUCUGGGAAACAUCUCAAUGAAGUAACAAUUACUCAUGGGUUUUCAAUGGUUGGGCAUAAAAAAUGGCAUUUGACUCCAAUGUUCCAUUAAUUUUACCUUCCAUGACCUCUGAAUGAUCAAUAGGCCUCUGCUUUGAUUGAACAGGUGAUCUAGCUGUGUCAAAAUAUUAUACCCCCAAAUUAGUGUCUUAUAAUUUUAAUGAAUUCUCUAUUUAGCUUUAUAUUUGCAUUAAAUUUCAAGAACACAAGUUUUUCCUUGUCAGUCGUCACGUAUCAUAGACAUACUAAUACAAUGUAAUUUCUAAAUCUCUUCCUAAUUUACUUCAAUUGACUCUUUGGCAUUAGUUAUGUGUCAUGCCCAUGAAAUGCCUAUAAUUUUU